GCGCCCGCGUGACGUCAUCACGCGCGGCCGUGCUGGCGCCCUCGGGGGCCUUUAAAUGAGGCAGUCUUAGGCGCGCAGCAGUGAGUUCGGCAAAGCUUGUGUAGAAGGGUCGGCUUUUCCCCGGGCCAGAGCAGCUUGGGACCCUGAGUUGAAUGUAGAUUCUAGGAAGGAUCCGAUCCUCACUCUCUUGGAUGCCAGGCCGAAAUAUUGUGGGCUAGAGUGAAGGAGAAAUCUAGGAAGAUGAGCUCUAGCAUAACCAUGAGUGAACCAAAGCUGAACUGGGAUGUUACACCAAAAAAUGGCCUUAAAGCAUUUUUCUCUCCAGAAAAUUAUAAAGAUCAUUCCAUGGCUCCAAGUUUAAAAGAACUCUAUAUUUUGUCUAACAGACGUAUAGGGGAAAAUUUGAAUGUCUCAGCAAGUUCUGUAGAAAAUGAGCCUGCAGUUAGUUCAGCAACUCAAGCAAAGGAAAAAGUUGGGAUGAUUCUCCUUCCAAAACCAAGAGUUCCUUAUCCUCGUUUCUCUCGGUUCUCACAGAGAGAGCAGAGAGCUUAUGUGGAUUUGUUGGCUAAAUAUGCAAAGAUCCCCUCAAGUUCCAAAGCUGUUGGAACAAAUACAAAUGAAUUCUUGCAGUAUUUGGAUAUGAAAAAACAUGUGAAUGAAGAAGUUAAUGAAUUCCUAAAGUUUUUGCAGAAUUCUGCAAAGAAGUGUGCACAGGAUUAUAAUAUGCUCUCUGAUGAGGCCCGUCUCUUCACAGAGCAAACUCUAAGAGCUUGCAUUGAACAAGUGAAAAAGUACCCAGAAUUUUAUACUCUCCAUGAAGUCACCAGCCUAAUGGGAUUCUUUCCCUUCAAAGUGGAGAUGGGACUGAAGUUAGAAAAGACUCUUCUUGUUUUGGGCAGUGCGAAGUUUGUAAAAACAGCAUUUCCCUCAAUGCCUGUGAAGUUGCAGCUUUCAAAAGAUGACAUGUCUUCCAUUGAGACUCCACAGCAGAAAGCUGAAGCUUUGCACUACGAUAUUAGUAAAGACCCGAAUGCAGAGAAACUUGUUUCAAGAUACCAUCCGCAGAUAGCUCUGACUAGCCAAGCAUUAUUCACCUUGCUCAAUAACCAUGGACCAAGCUACAAGGAGCAAUGGGAAAUCCCAGUGUGUGUGCAGAUGAUAGCUGUGGAAGGUUCCAAACCAGUUAAAGUAAUUUAUAUUAAUUCACCACUUCCCCGAAAGCAAAUGACAAUGAGAGAAAGAAAUCAAAUCUUCCAUGAAGUUCCAUUAAAACAUGUGAUAUCAAAAAACACAUCUGUCCCAGUCUCUGCAGUCUUUAUGGACAAACCUGAAGAGUACACCUCUGAGAUGGAUAUAUCCGCUGAAGCUAAUGAGUGCCGAAAAAUUGAGACUCUGGAAAAUUCGGAUCUGGAUUUUGAUGAUGAUGUCACAGAACUUGAAACCUUUGGAGUAACUACCACUAGUCCAUCCAAGUCACCAAGUUCAGAAAGUGACUCCUCUGUACGCAUCUUGACAGAUGUCCACACAGCCCCCAAAAUAGCACCUGCACCUGUGGCACCAGCUACUCCUGAGGUUCCAGCUACACCAAACAUUACUGAUGAUUCUAGAAGCUUAUGCCAGAUUCUGAUGAAACAAUUACAGAAGGAGAAGCAGCUAUUCUCUGGUGUGGAAAGUGGUCCUGAAGAGUGCAAAAAUAAAGAUGAUCAGGGACUUGAAUCAUGUGGUGAUAAGGUUCGAAGUGCCAGUGCAAAAUCUUUAACACAAGAUAAUGAAGUACUUAAAACAUCUGAUGGAAUCUCUAAAGAAAGCAAUGUAGGCAUACUUUGUACCAAUGAUGAAAGCCCAAGUGUUCAAGGGAAUGUAGACAAUGCCAACAAAACAGCUACCUCAUCAGAAAUAGCUGAAACUGAGAAAGGGCUUUCUUGUGGUAGUGAUACAGAUGAGGACUGUUUAAUCAUUGAUACAGAAAGUAAAAGUAAUAGUGAUGGAAAGACAGCUGAUGUGGGUUCUAGACCUGCAAGUCCAAAUUUUUCAGCACAGGCUUCUGUGGAGAACCAGACCACUACUACUGUUUCUGAAGAGUCUUGUGUUUUAAAGAAACCUAUCAAAAGAGUCUAUAAAAAAUUUGAUCCAGUUGGAGAAAUUCUAAAAAUGCAGGAUGAGCUUUUAAAGCCAGUUUCCAGGAAAGUGCCUGAGUUGCCCUUAAUUAAUUCAGAAGAAUCUAAACAGCCAUCUGCUUCUGAUCAAUCCUCUGCUACUUCAGAUGCCUCUAACUGGCCAAAAUCUAGCUGGCCUUCUGCGUUUCAGAAGCCUAAAGGAAGAUUGCCAUAUGAACUUCAAGACUAUGUUGAAGAUACAUCAGAAUAUAUAGCUCCACAAGAAGGAAAUUUUGUGUACAAGUUGUUCAGCCUACAUGACCUGUUGUUACUUGUACGGUGCAGCGUCCAGAGGAUAGAGACAAGACCACGCUCCAAAAAACGCAAGAAGAUCAGAAGACAAUUUCCAGUUUACGUGCUACCAAAAGUAGAGUAUCAAGGUUGUUAUGGAGUUGAAGCUCUGACUGAAAGCGAGCUCUGUCGCUUCUGGACUGAAAGUUUAUUGCAUUCCAACUGCUCGUUUUAUGUUGGGCAUAUUGACGCAUUUACUUCAAAGCUUUUCUUGCUAGAAGAAAUCACCUCAGAAGAAUUAAAAGAAAAACUUGCAGCACUCAAGAUUUCAAGUUUAUUUAACAUACUCCAACACAUUCUAAAGAAAUUAUGUAGCUUGCAGGACGGGUCCUACUUGCUGUCUCAUGCAGCAGAAGAUUCUUCACUCCUGAUCUACAAAACUUCAGAUGGAAAAGUUACUAGGACAGCAUAUAAUCUGCAUAAAGCACAUUGUGACCUUCCUGGAGUACCUUCCAGUCUCUCCGUUCCUUGGGUUCCAUUAGAUCCCAGUUACCUGUUACCAUAUCACAUCCAUCAUGGGCGGAUACCUUGUACUUUUCCUCCUAAAUCACUGCGCCCUGCAGCACAACCAAAGGUUGGUGGGACAAGAAUGCCUACCCAUAGCCACAGGAAUCCAGUUUCCAUGGAAACCAAAAGUAGUUGCCUGCCUGUUCAGCAAGUUGAAAAUGAAGGAGUGGCUGGGAAUAAAAGGAAAAUAACGUAAGGACUGGACCGUGGAAAAUGAAGUUUCAGAAAAACCAUCUGUAACAGUGUUUAAUGUUGAACUUUUAGGGGAAAUGUGCCCGAAAAGUCAGAUAGCAAGAAGAGUGUUCCCCCUUGCUCUCCUGGAGUUCUUACAAAGUGCCUUGGAAACCUACCAACUUCGGGAAGGGCAGUGACAGCAGAACUUAGUGUCCUUCCUCAUCUCUGGUGCAUGGAGAAUCUAAAAUGCUCCAUUUACGUGGCUGUGAACUGAAUAAGAAAAAUAUUUUUAUAGUACGCUUUUCUAACAAUCACAGGUAGGAAAACCACUUGCAAUCUUAGGAACUGUCAGGUAUUAAGUUAAUAAUUUGACUGUAUUUCCAGUCUAAUGAGCCUAGUCUAAAGGGUUAAACAUUGCCACUGUUAGAAACAGCUGUGCACAUUGUUUACAGCCCAUUUUUGUCAGUAUUAGCACUACUGUUGUUGCUUUUGAAAACCCGUUGAAAUUCUAUUGUGGACACCAGAAGUAAAAACAAGGAAAAUAAAUCCCUAUCUCUGAAAAGUAGCAAAUUAAUAUUUUUCUGCUAGGCAACCACACAUGUGUUUUACAAAAACACUAGCAUUCUGUGGUGUGACAACUUUGGUAAAAGUGCCUCUAAAACUUGGCACAAAUUCCAUCUGAGUGUGGUGAAACACUGCCGAAAGCAAAGACAAAAUGAUUCAGGCAUUCCAGGAAAAAAGCUUGAUCAUUCUAUCAGGCAUGAUUUAGGUGCCAUUAAGCCUAGGAUUUUGUUUUUCUUUUUUCUUUUCUCAUUUAUCCUGAUUCAUUCAGAAAGCAGCAUCAGCAGUGGGUAUGGCCAGUUUGGGUUUGAGGGGACAGACUUGUUCAUUUUUUGUUACCUAUUUUUUAAUAAACACUAAAAGUAUCAGAAA